AUGGUGGCAGCAGUGGCACAGACCCAAGUUGCAGUAGACGGUGCGGGGGCACGUCCGCUGGAUAUCAAAGAAAAUGAGGGAAUUGUAUCGUCUGCAGGUAUUUCUUCUUUUCUUGAGAGCAAGACCCAGGCGUACGAGAUGCUGAUAAGCGAAAAGGCGCAAAACUUGCGCCGGCUCGAAGCACAGCGCAACACGCUGAACGCGCGUGUGCGCUUGAUUCGCGAAGAGCUGCAGCUUCUUCAGGAGCCUGGGUCGUAUGUCGGUGAGGUUGUCAAGGUCAUGGGAAAGAAGAAGGUUCUUGUGAAAAUUCAACCGGAAGGUAAAUACGUGGUUGACGUAGCCCCCGACAUUGACGUGAGCGAGCUCAAACCGUCGCUCCGUGUCGCGCUUCGCUCUGACUCUUAUGCACUGCACAAGAUUCUCCCGAACAAGAUUGACCCGCUGGUAUCGCUGAUGAUGGUCGAAAAAGUGCCGGAUAGCACGUACGAGAUGGUCGGCGGUCUCGACCGCCAGAUUAAGGAAAUUAAGGAGGUGAUUGAGCUUCCUGUAAAGCACCCCGAGCUGUUUGAGAGCUUGGGCAUUGCACAGCCCAAAGGUGUGCUGCUGUAUGGGCCUCCUGGUACCGGAAAAACUCUGCUUGCGCGUGCCGUUGCUCAUCACACGGACUGCAAAUUUAUCCGUGUGAGUGGUAGCGAGCUGGUGCAAAAGUACAUUGGUGAAGGCAGUCGUAUGGUACGUGAGCUCUUUGUCAUGGCGCGUGAACACGCGCCGUCCAUCAUUUUUAUGGAUGAAAUCGACAGCAUCGGCUCGAGCCGUGGCGACAGCGGCGGCGGUGGUGGCGACUCGGAGGUACAGCGUACCAUGCUUGAGCUGCUGAACCAAUUGGAUGGAUUUGAGGGGACACAGAAUAUUAAGGUCAUCAUGGCUACAAACCGUAUCGAUAUUUUGGACAGCGCACUACUUCGGCCAGGACGUAUUGACCGCAAGAUUGAGUUCCCGCCGCCCGGUCCAGAAGCGCGCGUAUCAAUUCUUCGCAUCCAUUCGCGCAAGAUGUCGCUUCAGCGCGGGAUCAAUCUUCGCGUACUCGCGGAAAAAAUGGGACAAGUUUCUGGCGCAGAAGUGCGCGGUAUUUGCACUGAGGCCGGUAUGUAUGCACUCCGUGAGCGACGGCAACAUGUGUCGCAAGAAGACUUUGAGCUUGCCGUGGCCAAAGUACUCAAGCGCCAGACGGAUGGCUCUAUGAGUGUGAACAAGCUGUUCACGUAA